GAUUGAAGGGGCGCGAAAAACGCUUGACUUGUCCUCACAGUCGAUGCAUUCUUACCAUCGACAAGAACUUAGCCCAGAAGGCAAAAGCCAUGGUCUUGAACCCGGUGUGGAUGGCACCCUACUUGGUGCCACCCUCCAUCAAACCGGCCGGGCAAGUUUGGGUAUACAGUUUUCACUUCGAAUCGCCCAAGUCACAUGGCUUCGCCAGAAAAAACACAAAAGCGAUGUCUUCCAGGACCGACCUCACCAUGACUUUCCAAUCCAAGUCAGACAUUUUUCGCCCCUUCUACGAUCUCAUACCGCUGACCCAGGAUAAACUGCAGAAAGGGUUGACAAAUUUCACUGAUGCGGCCAACAAAAAGUACUUACUAAUUUGGGUUGUGAGUAACUGUGCUUGCAGGAGCCGCAUGUCGCUCUUCAAAAGGCUGCAGGAGAUAUUGGGGAAGGACACAGUUCAUUUGUAUGGCAACUGCGGGAAGAAACUUCCUUGCAAGCGCCAUGACAAAGCUUGCGAAGCGGUUUUUUUUCAGCAGUACAAGUUCUAUGCGGCCUUUGAGAGCUCCCGUUGCCGUGGCUACAUUACCGAGAAAUUUUUUCGCGGCCUGCAGACCUCGAUGGUGCCUCUUGCUUAUGGUGGUGUUGGUCGGGCUGACUAUGAACGUAUAGCGCCCAAGGGAGCAUUCCUUCAUGUCGAUGAUUUCGCUUCCGCGGAGGACCUGGCUAAGGGGCUACAAGAAAUCGAUGGAGACGAUGCACGCUACAGUCGCUUUCAUGAGUGGCGCAAUAAACUGGAAGUUUCGACACAAGGCAGCGCCCAUAAUCGAGCCUACUGCGAGCUGUGCGAUCGGAUUGCUCAACCAAUUGACCACAAGAAGCACAAGAGGUCCUUUAGCGACUUGCAUGACUGGAUGUUCGACAGUUGCAUCGCCGACAAGCCGAAUUGGAAGACGCGUUAAGUACCGCACGGUCGCCAUGUGACCCAUGUGACCUGGAGCUAUCGCAGCCCGACGUGAGCGACAUCAAAAAUCAUCGACAUUGAACACCUCGGUCGCUCCAACAGCCCUGCUGAUUGCUGGGGUAUGG